CCCCUCCUCUCCCGGCCCGGGCGGGCGCUCGCCCCCGGCCGGGCCCGUGGACAGGGCGGCGGGGGAUGCACCCGCCGCCGCCCCCGGCCCGGCCGCCUCCGGGCCCCACGCCCGCCGGCUGCUGCCCGCCCCGUCCGCGGCCCCGGGCCCGGCCCCCACGCGAGGGUCUGCGGCCGCGCGGGACCCUCUCCCCUCCAGCUUCUUCUGCCCACGGGAGCCGAGCCCUGCAGGUCGGCACAGGAGCCCGGUCACUGAGCCAUGCUGGGCCCCGGGUGGCCUACAGCGAGCCCAACCCCGGCACCCACAUAGUCAUGAACAGCCACAGCCACAAUGGCUGUGGGGGGCGGCCGCUGGGCAGCGGGCUGGGUGCCCUGGGCAGAGACCCUUCGGAGCCCGAGGCCGGCCACCCCCCCCAGCCCCCACAUGGCCCGGGCCUCCAGGUGGUGGUGGCCAAGAGCGAGCCAGCCCGGCCCUCACCCGGCAGUCCCCGGGGGCAGCCCCAGGACCAAGAAGAGGAGGAAGACGAUGAAGAGGAUGAGGCAGGCAGGAGGAGGGACUUGGGGAAGACCCCAAACGUGGGCCACCGCCUGGGCCACCGGCGGGCGCUCUUCGAGAAGCGGAAGCGCCUCAGUGACUACGCCCUCAUCUUCGGCAUGUUUGGCAUUGUCGUCAUGGUGACCGAGACGGAGCUGUCCUGGGGGGUCUACACCAAGGAGUCCCUGUACUCGUUUGCACUGAAAUGCCUCAUCAGCCUCUCCACGGUCAUCCUGCUGGGCCUGGUGGUCCUUUACCACGCCAGGGAGAUCCAGCUGUUCAUGGUGGACAACGGGGCGGAUGACUGGCGCAUCGCCAUGACAUGCGAGCGCGUCUUCCUCAUCUCUCUGGAGCUGGCCGUGUGCGCCAUCCACCCGGUGCCGGGUCACUACCGCUUCACGUGGACGGCGCGGCUGGCCUUCACGUACGCGCCGUCGGCAGCCGAGGCCGACGUGGACGUGCUGCUGUCUGUCCCCAUGUUCCUGCGCCUCUACCUGUUGGGCCGCGUCAUGCUGCUGCACAGCAAGAUAUUCACAGAUGCCUCCAGCCGCAGCAUCGGCGCCCUCAACAAGGUCACCUUCAACACACGCUUUGUCAUGAAGACACUCAUGACCAUCUGCCCGGGCACCGUGCUGCUCGUCUUCAGCAUCUCCUCCUGGAUCGUCGCCGCCUGGACGGUGCGGGUCUGUGAGAGGGAAAACAUGUACCAUGACAAGCAGGAAGUGACCAGCAACUUUUUGGGGGCCAUGUGGCUAAUCUCCAUCACCUUCCUCUCCAUCGGCUAUGGCGACAUGGUGCCCCACACCUACUGCGGGAAGGGCGUGUGCCUGCUCACUGGCAUCAUGGGGGCCGGCUGCACAGCACUUGUGGUGGCCGUGGUGGCCCGGAAACUGGAGCUCACCAAGGCAGAGAAACACGUGCACAACUUCAUGAUGGACACUCAGCUCACCAAGCGGGUAAAAAAUGCCGCUGCUAACGUUCUCAGGGAGACGUGGCUCAUCUACAAACACACUAGGCUGGUGAAGAAGCCAGACCACGCCCGGGUUCGGAAACACCAGCGUAAGUUCCUCCAAGCCAUCCAUCAAGCUCAGAAGCUCCGGAGUGUGAAGAUUGAGCAGGGGAAGCUGAAUGACCAGACCAACACUCUCGCCGACCUGGCCAAGGCAUAUCGACACCCAAGCCCCAAAAUUCAAGAGAAAAUCAAAAUUCUUUUGCUACGGAUGGAAAUUCAAAUCCUAGCAUCAGCAGAGAGCUGCUUUGCACGGCAAUUAAACAUCUUUCAGGAAAUUAAAGCUGGUUGCAAGGGCUCUGUAAGAUCAGUUUAUGGUAUACAGCAAUCUAUUUGUUGGUCUUAUUAGCAAGUCCUGCUCUUUGAAUAUUCGGCACACUGUUCUGAACCCCCUUCUGAGCAGUGGCAUACCCUCCAUGAAUAGUUCAUGUGUGAACUCUGCUCAUUGGCUCCCUCCCCGAAUCAGUUUAAUUAGUCUGAGGUUAAUUUAAUAUUAUCUUCAGAAGAUGCUUAUAAGUCCCAUCCUACUUCCUAUACCCAGAGCGUUUCGGACUCAUUCUCUUCAUCAUUGUCAAGAGAAUGCGAUAUAAUGUUAACCUACAUAAAUUUAAUUUGGAAAGAAACAUUAUGGAGGAGAAAACAUAUUCUAGAACCCUGAAGAAAUCAUUCCGUUGGUAGUAGAGAGAACAUAGUCCCAAAAGCAUAUGGAAAACCCUUGCCAAACUAAUUUGAUGUCGUGUGAGAUAACGGCUAUAAAUACACAUGAAAUGCCUUUGAGACACUAGAUAUUAUAAUUUGGAUUAUCUCUAUCACACUUCCUUCUGUUAGUACAGAUGACUGAAAUUUGAAUUUUUCAAAGUUAUUUAAACCUUGCAAUCACGGUAGUAUACUCUCCGAGUACAUUUAACAAAGCCUUCUUUGAAGGAAGGCUUUGAUUGGAUUGGAUUAUAUGGGUUCCUGAUUUUUUUAAUUUAACAAGGUUAAGAUGUUUUCCAGUAUUAAACUUUAAUGCGCUCCUG